AACCAUCCCAAAUAGAGACUUCCAAAACCGCCACCUGUCCGACCUUUACUUUCAGAAACUCACAAAUCUCUAACUUCUCUGUUCUCGAAUAGUAACAAAGUCUAACAAAAGAAAAAAUGGCAGGAAGAGGGAAGGCAAUCGGAGCAGGAGCUAAGAAAAUGGGCCAAUCGAGGAGCCAAAAGGCUGGUCUCCAGUUCCCUGUAGGUCGUAUUGCCCGUUUCUUGAAAGCUGGAAAGUACGCCGAGCGCGUCGGUGCUGGUGCCCCUGUUUACCUCGCCGCAGUCCUUGAAUACCUCACCGCUGAGGUUUUGGAAUUGGCUGGUAAUGCUGCGAGAGACAACAAGAAGUCGAGGAUAGUUCCAAGGCACAUUCAGUUAGCAGUUAGGAACGAUGAGGAGCUUAGCAGGUUGCUUGGAACUGUUACAAUAGCAAACGGUGGUGUUUUGCCUAAUAUUCAUAACAUGUUGUUGCCUAAAAAGACUGGUGCUGGCUCCAAGGCCGGCGGCCCUGCUAAUGAUGAUUAGUUAGGCUCAUUUUGAUGUCAAUUUGUGAAAAUUUUGGUAUUUUUCUUCUGGGUUUUCUUUUGCUUUUUUAGAGGAUUAGUUUUGGGGAAUUUGUGAAGAUUGGCAAUGGCUACAAUUGAUGUUCUGAAUCAAUUCCUUAUUGACACAUUCCGAUUUCUUCA